AUGACACUCUCUGAAAGUCAGGAAAUGGCGCCAGCUACGAAAAAUUCACAGAAGCCUCCUCAGUUUGAAUUCUGGAAAAAUAUGCCGGAGGAAAUCAAAAUGUCCAUUUUGCAGUAUCUACCUGCCAAAGACCUCUUUAGAUGCUCCCGUGUGUGCAAGGCAUGGAACAAAAUGUGUUUCGACGGACAGCUGUGGGCUAAACUGGAUGCAUCUACCUAUUACACCGAUAUACCAAGUGAAGCAUUGAUAAAAGUGAUCACCGCGGCAGGCCCCUUUUUGAGAGACUUGAACCUCCGUGGCUGCGCCCAGUUGGAAAAUGCAUGGCUGGCCCAUGGAGAACGCAUAUCCGAUACCUGUCGGAAUCUGGUCAACAUAUGCAUAAGGGAUUCCAAGAUUAACCGAAUAACCUUCCAUUUGUUAAUACGGAAUAAUUCGAACUUGACUCAUGUUGAUGUAUCUGGACUGUCGAUUGUCGGCAAUUCCUCCAUGAGAACCAUCUCCCAGAACUGUCCCAGACUGGAAUUCCUCGACAUAUCCUGGUGCAAGGGCGUCGACGCCAAAGGGUUGAGACGGAUUGUCGCCUCCUGUCCCCACUUGAAAGAUUUACGGGCAAAUGAACUGUCUGCAUUUGAUAAUCACGAACUCCUGCAGCAGUUGUUUGAGAUUAAUAGCCUAGAAAGGCUAAUUCUGUCACACUGUUCCUCCUUAUCGGAUACGAGUUUGAAGAUUCUCAUGGAGGGUGUUGAUCCCGAGGUCGACCUUCUGACAGGCCGCGCUGUCGUCCCCCGUCGGAAAUUGAAACAUUUGGAUUUGUCCCGCUGCCGAGCUUUGACUGAUGUGGGGAUCAAAAGCCUUGCUCAUAACCUUCCGGCAUUGGAAGGGCUGCAGCUGUCACAAUGCCCCAAUAUAGGGGACAGUGCCCUUAUAGAAGUCGUCCGAACCACCCCACGCCUAACCCAUCUUGAUGUGGAGGAAUUAGACAAGUUAACUAACACGUUCUUAAUUGAACUCUCAAAGGCGCAGUGCGCUGAAACCCUCCAGCAUUUGAAUCUUAGCUACUGCGAAGGGUUAGGUGACGCGGGAAUGCUACAAAUUUUGAAAGCUUGCCCCCACCUCCGCUCUCUUGACCUCGACAACACAAGAGUCUCUGAUCUUACCAUUAUGGAGCUCUGCAGUCAAGCCCGUAAGCGUGGAUAUGCCAAUAGUUUCCCACGCCCUGGCUUCCGAGUUGCCGUCUUCGAUUGCGGAAAUAUCACCUGGGCAGGCAUCAGAGAGGUGCUGUCAAGCAACACUUACGUGCCACGGCAGUAUCCCAUUAUCACAACCGACACCGUCUCUCCGAAAACCGCCACCGGGUCCAGCCAAUCUCUAUCAUAUUCAUCCUCAUCUUCCCCCUCUUCCCCUUCCUCUUCCACCUCCAGUUCCACCAACACAAGAAUCCCCAUCUCCCCUAUCACUACGAUUACCACAAUAACACCCAUAACCACAGACGGCGAAACCACCCAAGUCACUCCCAAAAACUCCAUGCUCUCAACCCCUACCCCGCCACCCAGCGCCACAAUCCUCUACCCAAAAGAAAUCAUUGACCUCAAAUGCUUCUACGGCUGGCAGAUGGUGGUCAGGGAGCACACGAAGCGCGUGCUACGUGGGAAUCUUGCAGCGGCCAUAAGGCUCGAGCGCAAGUGGGCGGAUCACAUGAUGGCGAACGAGGAAGCGGGCGUGGCUGCUGCGCGUCGGAGGAGGCGGAGAGCAAGGGACGUGGAACGCAUGUUUGAUGAGGAUGAGGAAGGGGAUGAGAGUGCGUAUGGACCGGCUGGUCUGGUCCCGUUGGGAGGCCGGAGGAGGGCGAGGAGUGGGGGUUGUGUAGUUAUGUGA